AUGCUUGGAUGGAGAAGCAGCCCUUCCUCAAAAUAUCGAAACAUCCAGAAAGUCCGUCCUCACAACCGACGGUCAGCUGCCAACGUCGAAGCCAACCUCGCUAUGCCUCGGGCCAUUACCCAGAGCGAUGAUUCACGGAUUGACCAGCUUGUGGUAUCAGGCCGAGGUCAAGAAGCUGUAGAGGCUCUCCAAUCGGUGAAAAAUCGAAUCGAUGGAAAUACUACAGUAUGUUUGAUGAACGAUGGGCUUGGUGUGCUGGAGGAUGUGAGGAAGAAGAUUUUCGAGGGAUCGGAUGCCGCACCAAACUUCUUGCUAGGCCACAUGAGCCACCGCCUGGCGUUUAAUCGAACCUACGACGCAGUUACCCAGCUUAAGCAAGGCCAAACAAAGUUGACCUUUGCCGAGGCGCCUCGUAUGCGCGUCAAGGAUAUGCACAAAGUCGAGUCGCGACCGAAUUUUGUCAAGACAUUAGAAGAAGCAAAGGACCUGCAUACGACACUGACUCCGUUUGACCAGUGGCUCCGAUUUAAGCUGCCUACAGUCAUCUUCGACUCUGUCGUUGAGCCUGUAUGUGUGCUCCUGGAGAUGCCAUACCAAGGCCUACUGCAAAACCCAGCGGCACAACGCAUGAUGCAUAGUUUACUGUCCGAGAUAAUCCAAGUUCUCGAAAGCAUGCCGGAACUAGAAGGAUCCACAGUUAUCAGAGACUAUGUCCAAAGCAAGGGCAUUCGAAAGUUUAUGUACAGCAGAAUAAUGGGGAAGCGAUCACAGCCAAGCCAGCUGGUGAGGCGAAUUGAGAACGGAUUACCAACAGACGUGGAGUAUUUGAAUGGAUAUUUCCUGCGGCGUGGCCAGAAGCUAGGAUUGGACCUGCACAUGAAUUUGAUGAUGCGCGAUAUGAUCAAGGCGAAGCAUUCUCAAGCAAUCGAGCGACUCAACUCAUUUAUACCGGUGGAGGAGACAUCCAUACCGAGCCAUUUGGCAUUCAGAUAUAGGACAAUGCCACGGUGA